CAUUAUAGUCCAACUCCUCUUUUUGUUCAAAUAAAUGUAAUUGUUAUUGUAAUAACAUAUCUGAAGUAAAGUGAUUUGCAGUUUGUCGUUAUAAAUAUUAUAUUUGUGUUGUAUUUAAUUCAUGUCCUGAUCGAGUGCGCGCACUAGUUCCCCCAAAAUGGGCGGAGCUUGCCCCUUUGGUAUCACGUCAUCAAAACAGAGCGGUGCAGCAGCGUUGUGAGCUCGCGACCAGGAGCCGCGGUGUGAAUCGGGCGCGCGCUCUGUCACGGCGAACGCAUGGACGCUCGCGGGGCUUUUUGGUGACCAUUACUUUUUCGAACAGUCUGCAUAUUGCAAGAUCAUUUCUUCACAGGAUUUAUGCCUAGUGUGUUUUUUUAGUUUUUGCUAACACCUGUUGCGGGAUACCGAGAUUUCUGGCAGCUCACAAAAACUUCUGAUGAGCUCGAGUCUCAGAGAUGGAGGCUGAAGAGUGCAAAAUUUCCGUGUGGGUUUGCCGGGAGGAGAAGGUCGUGUCGGGUUUGUCUAAGCGCACCACGUGUGCGGACGUUAUUAAAGUCCUGCUGGAGGAGCAAAACUUGCACGGGCGCGCGUCCGCGUCAGCGCGCUCUUACUGCAUUGUGGAGAAGUGGCGCGGAUUCGAGCGCGUUUUGCCCAACAAGACCAAAAUCCUGCGCUUGUGGAACGCAUGGGGUGAAGAACAGGAGAAUGUGCGCUUCGUGCUCGUCAAGCAGGACGCGUCGUUAGCCAGCAGCGCGCCACGAAGCGCCGAGGCGCGACUCGUGCCUAGCCGGCAGAGCCCGUGCGCGCGCGAGGGCACCGUGCGCCAAGCCACCAUGGCCCUGUCGCCCGAGAAGCAACGGCGCGUGGUCCGAAAGGCGUUCAGGAAGUUGGAGCGGAUCAAUAAGAGGCGCGCGCGGGCGCAGUGUAAGGAUGCGGAAAGAAUGGAGACCCUCGUGCAUCUGGUGGUCUCGCAGGAUCACACCAUCCGGCAGCAGGUGGAACGCAUCCAGGAGCUGGACCGCGAGAUCGAGCUCUAUGAAGCCAAGGUACACCUGGACAGGGUAAGAGCGCAUGGUGCCAACUAUGUCCAGGAGACCUACCUGGUGGAGGGAGCUGCAUCCAGGCAUCCUCGCCCCAGCGAUGGAGAACAGACGCUCGCUCAGUUGGAGGAGUACGCCCGAAAGUGUGAGGAGGUCAUCAGGCUGCAGGAGGACCUAAAUGAUCGCCAGGUUCUGCUGGACAGCAUCACCAGAGAUAUCCAGGAGGAGCUAAACCAGAGGUGGAUGAAGCGGAGGCAGGAGGAGCUGGCUAACAAGGAUUUAGAAAAUGAUAGCACACUCAGGGUUAUAAAUCAAACGUGGGAGAUAAAUGAAUGCGAAACGUCUCCAAAGGUGGACGCGUCACUUGAGGACGAUCUGCUCUUGGAGGAGGAGCGGAUUAGGACUCAACUGGACACGAGUUUGUACAUUGGCCUGAGGCUCAACACAGAUUUAGAGACUGUUGGAAACGACCUGGAAUUGGUGCAGGAGAUCUGGAGGGCGAGAGACAAAGAGCUGAGGGAUUUGCUUGAAAAAUUGGACUCACUCGAUUUAGAGGAAGAGGAGGAGGAAGAGGAGGAGGAGGAAAGGUGCGACAUGCUUAAGGACACUGAUAGAGUGGAUGAAGACUCAGAGAGUAGACAUGGUGCAUGGGUCGAGCAGGCCAGAGGACUUGCAGCUAAAGCAUGUAGCACUAAUGAUGACGAUUCGGACACAGGACUCAGCUCCAUGCACAGCCAGGACUCGGACAUUGCCCCUGUUUUCGAGUCUCUUGUAUAGCAACACACAGGGGGACAGGAACAUUCCCCAGAGUUGAAUUAACACAUGAAGAGUUUUUGUAUUUAUAUCCAGCUGGACUAAUAUAGACACUGUAUGAUUUAAUAAACCACUGGAGAUUUUGCUGUAUUGUGUAUAAUCACCACCUGGACCCCUUUCACCUGUUGUUUAUGUACUAUAAAAACACUAAUUAUACUAUUGCUGACAAA